AAAAUAUACUUUUGUGCAAGUCUAUAUCAGUGACUACGGCCCGCACAAGAUAGAUAGAUAGAUAGGUAGACAAGUAAAUAAAUGUCACAUAGUGAGGGUAUUAUUGGAACUCUUGACGAAGCAGUGGGGACAUUGGCAGCAGAGGCGCGAGAACUUUAUUUGGAUCGCCAUGUUCCAGUUCUGGAUGCCCCACCCUCCCCGCUCUCCUUCUACAGGGAGUACGUGUCACCCAACAAACCCGUACUGAUCCGGAACGGUCUCCAGCACUGGACAGCCAAUAACAAAUGGACGCCACAAUAUCUAAGGGAGAAGAUCGGAGGGUGCGUGGUGACGGUGGCGGUCACCCCCAACGGUUACGCCGACGCCAUCACUGACGGAAAGUUCGUGAUGCCGGAGGAACGACGGAUGGAGAUGUCGAACUUCCUGGACAUAAUGGAGCACCCGGACCAGCACAGUGGAGUCUUCUACAUACAGAAACAAAACUCCAACUUCACAGACGAGUUCAGAGAGAUCAUCGGUGACGUCGAGUCGGACAUCCCCUGGGGUACAGAGGCGUUCGGUUCACUACCAGACGCUGUCAACUUCUGGAUGGGGGACACUCGAGCUGUUACCUCCAUGCACAAGGACCCGUAUGAGAACCUGUACUGCGUGGUGAGGGGCUCCAAGACGUUCAUGCUGAUCCCUCCCACGGACGCCGCCUUUGUUCCUUACGAAACGUAUCAAGCUGCGAAGUUUAUAGAGAGAGAUGGAGAGUUUCAGAUUGAGGACGACCUUGACACGGGCGAGGUGCCGUGGAUAGCAGUAAAUCCCCUGAACCCAGACCUGUCGCUCUAUCCAGAGUUUGGGAAGGCCCGGGGGGUGGAGGUCAUGGUGCGGGAGGGGGAGAUUCUGUACCUGCCCUCGCUCUGGUUUCAUCACGUGCGGCAAUCCCACGGCUGUAUAGCAGUGAACUACUGGUAUGACAUGCAAUUCGACAUCAAGUACAAUUAUUACAACUUCCUGCAAAAUGUCAACAGUGUAAAUAGAAAAAUGACGAAAAUCUGAGAAGGAUACCAGCUGGUUAUUGAAAAAUUCCCGUAAAGGUCGUUCAUUAACUAAAGAGGACUGAUAACUGUUGGGGUCGUGACCCGCUGAGCAGACUGAGGGGUCACGCCUGAUCACGCCCGUGUGGUGCCGGGGGGGGGGGGACGUGCAUGUCCAAACACACCCCAGCCCACCCUACUUUCAAUGUUGGAGAAUUUACCAUGUAUGUUAAUUGUUUUCCAAAUAAAAGCUGACAUUGAAAACCAUGUUCCAUAUACAUUGUUGUUUGUUUAGUAUGAAGUAUUGUAUUGGCAAUUCAGUUAUAAAAUUGUGGAUAUAGACAAAUUAAUUAUAGAAUUAGACAAACAUACACACGAAACGAAAUUGAAUUUUUGCAAAAAUAAAAACCCCCAAAAAACAAAAACUGACUAAUACUAGAACCUUGCAAAGAGGUAUAGCGCCUUUUCCCAUUAUUUCACCUACACCUGUGUUCGGACGGAAAGUACCUGUUACUAAAAAUAGCUUCAGGUACCUUGCUGUCGCAAUAUGAAAGUGGAUACACUGUACUGAUCUUAUAAUGGUGUCUGUAACAACUGAUUUGUCAUAAAUUCGGGAAACUCUGUGUAUAACAGUAGUUGAUAUUCUGAACCGUGAUUAAUUCAAGCAAAUUGCAAUGGAUCUAAGUGUAAAUAGAGUACAUGUACAGUGUUAAUGAAUAGAACUGUUUAUAUUGGGUGUGCUCAUACUCAGACUGAAUUAAACAAGAUAAUUAAAAAAAGAAAAAAAGAAAAGAUAUAUGUAACUUAACAUUCAUGUUUCAAUUUAAGUGAAAACAAAUUACUACUUAGUGGAUUUGAUCCAGCGACCACAAAAUCAAAAAGACCUCCGCAUUACCACUAGGCCACGCAUCUAACAUUUUGAACCAAUGCAUUUUCAAUAUAUAUGGCUAUAAACAUGACUGUAUUAUAUAGAAAAGACACUAAUUAAAAUAUUUGUCUAAUUUUCAGUACGAAGACCACGUUAAACGAAAACUAAUUCAAUGUAAACGUGUACCACAAUACCUGUAGAACAUAAUUUUAAUCGGAUGUCUUUGGUUUAGAGUGGUUCAAAUAGUCAAAUAUCCAAUUGUUUAUCGUAUACUAACUACUUUCCUUUAUAUCCCUUACAAAACCUAAAUAUUUUAAUGAUGUCGAGUAAGAUUAUUAAGACUCUGAGAACAUAAUGAUUGCCAGAAAUGUUAUGCUUAAUGAAAUUUUCAAUAUUGUAAAUUUAAAUAUUGUUAAUACUCAUGUCCUACUUUGGGGCGACAACGCAAUCAGUGUCAGCGAAAACAAACAUUUAUUUUCUCUAGUUUAUCGUUAUAUCAAAGGUACAAAAAGAUUUAGUUGAUGUUUGUACACCAUUGAAAAUUUAUAUAUAACUGUCAUAUGAUCUGUUGACCUUACAUGUUGUGUAUACAUUAUUUUUACUGUAUUAAAUACUUGUAUUGGGAGAGGGCGAUCUAAGUUUUUGAACUUGUGUCCAAUCCCUGUUGUAAUUUUUGUACAAUAAAAAUAUGUUCAAAUCAAA